AUGGGAGGUCACGGAGGUCUGAAUAUUCUUCCUCAGAAGCGGUGGAACGUCUACAAUUUCGACAACCGCGAAAAAGUCCGGCGAGAUGAGGAAGCCGCCGCCAAGGAAGAACAGCUUCACCGGGAGCAGGCUGCCAAGCGCGAGGCCGAAUUUCGACUCGAGAAGCUCCGGCAAGCUCGCGGUUUGUCCAAACCCUCAACCUCCAAACCCGAACCCCAAUCUCAACCUGCGGAGCAUGAACCCGAUCAACCCCGUGAAGCGGACUCAAAGCACAUGAAUUUGUUCGAAGGGAUCCGGAUUUUCGAUCCGAUUUUCGAAAGUAAGGACCAGAGUAAGGUGAAGAGGAAUGACAGUAAGAAAAGAGUGAAAAAGGAGGAACCGGUGAGGGUUAUCACGGCGGAGGACGAGAAGUAUAGGCUAGGUUAUGGGGUGGCCGGGAAAGGCGUUAAAUUGCCGUGGUAUAUGUCGAGACCGGCCGGAAAUUCUGCUGAUGAUGAGAAGAAUGGAGCUGAUGAGGAUGAUUAUUAUAACGGUGAGCUGGAAUUUGGGAAACGGAAGAAUAAACAUAGCAGUGAUGAUGGUGGGAUUAAGAAGAAGCAGAAAAAGAGCUUGGAGGAGCUUAGGGAAGAGAGAUUGGAGAGAGAGCGGAAGGAGAGGGAAAGAGAAAGAGCUUUGAAGGGAGAGAAGUCCAAACCCAGAAGAGACGGCGCAUAUAGUGGAUAUGGAUAUGGACAUUCAUCACGGAGAUGA